GAGUAUGUGCCGGCGAUUUAUGUUUCAUAUGAAAAUCGGUGGCACAUUUAGUCGCGUUAACAUUCUAACAUUAAGCUGAAUACCACACGCUUAUACCACAGGUGUCAAGCUAGUCUCAGGCGGAGUGAAAAUGUCGAUCCUGCUCCAAAUUGAACAGUUGAAUUUCUUCAAGCUUUCAACAGCAGUGUUAGAUUAUGUUAACGAGGCCUUGCGUUUUUUCUUUGUGGAAGAAUGGAACUCCCUCUACGCGGCGGGCGGCUAUCCCUGGGGAAACAACGUGGCCAGCGGGCAGUACUUACUGGCAGAGGAGUUCAGGCUUUACCCCACUGCCAGGCUCUUUGACAGGGACAUGGCUCAUGUCAGAGCUCUGAUAGGAACUGGAAUUGUUGAAGAUUGGGAUGCCACCGCCCUCUUUGCUGCUAUACUAUACUCUAAGGUAUUAGACCUUCGAAGAAGCAGGGGGUACAGAUCUAAGUUGAGACGGGUAACCCCCUUCAGUGAAGCCGAGCAUGUUGAUGAACUGAGACUUGUGAGGAAUUUCGCCAUUGCCCAUGCCAACACUGCCAGUGUUACUGAUGUAACGUACCAGGCCCACAUGCAAACCGUGCUCGACGCAUUGUCUGCGCUUUUGCCUCCCACCCACCCCGUGCUUCAGAAUAUGCUGGUUCUGAUGAGUUCCAAGACAUUCAACACAUCUGAGCUGGAAUUUCUGCAAGAGGAGCUAGCCAACGAAAAAGAGAUCACAGAGAAGAUUGAAAAACAGCACAAGAGGAUAUUGGAAAAUGCCAACGAAAUCAAAAGCAUGCACGCUCGUAUACAACAACUGGAGAUGUACAUCUCGCGCGAUAAAUCCAAACCUGCAGAGGCCAUCUACACCAUGUUCCAAAGUGAGCCUGACUUUAAAGGUGACACUUAUUAUAAUGAUAUGAUCAACACAACCAACAAGCUGACCUAUGGCUUCGAUUUUAAGAAAUUUCGCAAGUAUGUCACUGACCAGUUAAACCUCGUUAAGGACACAGACAUGAAGUUGCUGAUUCGGAUACAGCUGUGUAAGGGGCUGAAUCACCAGGGUCAGAAGGACGAGGCACUGGGAAUUCUGGACAAAAUGACUGUUGAGGCUUUGUCUGCUAAAAACAGUGCAGUGAUCCAAGCCCGUGUAUUCUGGAGAAAGGCCUACAUCUACAAUGACCGAGGCUACAAAGAGGGCGCCAUCGCUCUGCUGGAACAAGCAGAAUGCCUGCUCACCACAACCCAGUCCUACGAGGACAUUGCCGAGAUUAACUAUGCUAAAGCCAACAUUCGCCUUUCACAGAAACACGACAAUAAUGAUGUGUCCCUGAAGAGCAGCGUUUUACGCCAUCUUGGAAAAACUCUGGAGGCCUGCAAGCAGUGCCCAGGGAUUGACUUAAGUACGCUGGAGAGUCAAGUGGCCCUUAGAAAGGCGCUAACCCAUCUCGGCUUCUCGCAACAAGGCAUCGACCAGCACUCCUCCGAGGAGGAUCUCCACGCAGCCGAGGGUAUCGUAAAUGAGCUCCUCAAAAACAAGGAUAAGCUAAGCCCACGAAAUAACCUCUACCUGUAUUUUGCACGUUCCCUGCUGGCAUAUCGUCGUGGUAAAGUUAUGGAGGCCAGACGUAUUGAAUUAGAGGGUCGCCAUUUUGCAGCCACCAACCAUCUUCCUCAUGAGGUCCAGCAGUUGGAGAUGAUUAAGGACUUCAUACUGAAAAAUGAGAGAUGGCGGAUUUUUCACAAGUUGAUAAUUGUGGUAAUUUUGCUGAUUUGUGUCGCAGCUUGCAUCAUGUGUUAUUGUCAUUAUGUGAAGUUUGAAGGUGAGAAAGUUUCAGGUAAAGUUCUAUGUCAAAGGGGCAGCCACGGUUUACUUGGCAAACCAAAGGAUGGCAGAUUUUACUGUUAUGUUUAAGACCCCAUUCCCACAGAUUUAAGAUCGAUUUAUUCCCUUAGG